AUUGAUUCAGUUAUCCUUCAAAUAUUUGUUUAAAAUGUUAGGUGGCGUUCGCCUGAAAGUUACUUUUACUUAUGAGCGCUCUUGUUUUGGUUAUAUUAAUUUCAAAUAUUCUUCCAAUAAUGAACAGUCCCAGUGCAUACAAAUUUUGUCAAAGGAGAAUCCAAUUGUAUUAUGGGCAGUAUUCAGUAACACUAUUCCGGAAGGUCACAUAGCAUGUAAUCCUAUAUAUAGCAAGUUACUCGGUCUAGAAGAGGGCUUGGAAGUGUUCGUAUCUCCAUAUGGUGAUGUCAAAGUUUUGAACGAGCUUCAUGUCGAUGCUGAUAGUCCAGAUGAUCAAGAAAUUUUGGAACACAAUGUGGAAAUUUUGCAGUUCAGGAUAUUAGACCAGUUACGUUUAGUGGUGGCUGAACAAAAAGCCGUAGUAUGGAUAUCAUCAUCUUUGCCCAUAGUCUUUACUCCAAAACAAACUGGCAUAUUAGUCAAUGAGAGUAGAAUUUAUGUGAAAGUAGAUGCUUUUAAUAGUAUACAUGGUAGUCCUCAAAACAUACCUACCAACAAUAUAAAUGAUAAAGACAACACAAAAUUUAAUAGCAUCGGCCAAAUCAAUGACAGCAUGUUAGCUCCUUAUUUUAAGGUACCAAAGCGACUAGUGUUACGGGCAUUGCCAAUAGAUGGUGAUGGCAAAAAGAAUUUAAUCCACCCAUACUCAGUUUUUAUCCAUGAAGAUGUGUUAGGUGAUAUUCCUAAAAAUUUAACAGUCAUUUUAGCCACCAUGAUGGAAAUACAAUCAAUAAUGCAAGAUGAUAAGGAGGAUGAAGAAACGGAUAAUAGUAACCAAAUAGAUGGUAUUUGUGUAGAAAUAGUACCAAUAGACAAUGUUAUAUACAGAAGUCUAUGUAGAGAAGUGUACAACAAAAACAUUCCAACUGUACUUAUUCCUAAAAAUCUUAAUUCAAUAAUAAAUAUAGAGAAUGGUAUGAAAAUCAUAUUCACUGUACUGGGUGAUACUUUAGAAAGUCCAGAGCACAUAGAUAUAGUAACAUACUGUGACAAAGUACAAAGUGAAACUGAGGUUAUAGAAAAGUUUAAAAAGUGUGUAGUAGAAAACACACAUUCUGGAAAAAAGUUUCUUAUAAAUGAUAACAUGGUGAAGCAGAAUACACAAAUAAGCAAUGGUUUCCUCAGAUUGAAACUUAAGCCUGAUAAAAUCAAGUACACCAUGUUGAAUUCAGAAUCAUUCCGACAUUGUACUGUCUCAGCUAAAUGUUUAAAUGACGCCGAUUUAGUUUUACCGAAACAGGUAACUUCAAACUUGGAUUAUGACUACAAAAAUUACUGCAGAACAAUGCAAUCUAACCAAAAAUUGGUGGAGAAAAUAAUAUCACACAUAAAUUUUGAAAUUCAUAGAGAGGCAAAUUUUAAAGGAGUAUCAGAAAUCAAAAGUAAUAUUUUGAUAACAGGUUCCAGCGGUUGUGGCAAAUCAGCAAUUUGUCAUAUUGUCCAGAAAGAAAUAACGUUUUGGUCCCAUUUGCUACACUGUCGGUCCUUGAAGGGUCGGAAAGAUAUUCCGGAAGUCAUAGGUAAAGCAAUACUAAUGUGCCAAGAGCACAGUCCGGCUGUAUUAAUUUGUGACGAUUUUGACUCCCUGGUUCCACCUAACUUAGAGGGUACAUCACCACAGGACAUUGCUUACUAUCAAAGGUUAGCGGUGUGUAUAAAAAAAAUGUUGCAGACAUGUGUCGGUGUGUGCGUGCUGCUGACGGCGGGCAGCAUCAAGGAGCUGCACCCCACACUUCGACAGUUCAACGGAAAACCACUUUUCACUGCACAAUUUGAUGUGCCUGAAUUGAACCAAGAUGAGAGAGCUGAACUUUUCAAACACUUGCUAAACGACAAGAUAAGAGAGACAUUCCGGGUAGAGGAGGAUGAUGUCACGAGGCUCGCCAUGGAUACGCCCGGUUACAACGUCCGGGACAUCGUCGAUUACUUCAAUAAGAAAGUGUUUAAAGCUAUUAAGAAGAAAAAAGCCCAUGCAGAGGAGCCAAAGCCCCGCCUAGUGGAAGACGCGGCUAAGGACGAGGAGAAGUCCAAAGCGUUUGACAUCUGGGGGCCGGUCGGCGGGCUGGAUGAUGUCAAGCAACAACUCACAGAGUGUAUAUUCUGGCCGUUAAUGUACCCGGCGUUGUUCCCGUCGCGCGGCUGCGGCGUGCUGCUGUACGGCCCGCCGGGGUCGGGCAAGUCGCUGCUGGGCUCGUGCCUGGCGCGGCUCGCCGGCGUCAACAUCAUCGUGGUGAAGGGGCCAGAGCUACUCAGCAAGUACAUAGGCCAGAGCGAGCGCGCCGUGCGGGACGUGUUCGACAAGGCCGAGAUGCGGAGACCGUGUAUUCUAUUCUUCGACGAAUUCGACAGUCUCGCCCCAAAACGUGGCCACGACUCGACCGGUGUGACGGACCGUGUGGUGAACCAGUUGCUUGCGCGGCUGGACGGCGCGGAGGGCGCGCCCAGCGGUCCCGUGCUCGUCGCCACGUCGCGCCCCGACCUGCUCGACCCCGCGCUGCUGCGCGCCGGCCGCAUACAGACGCACAUCUACACGCCGCUGCCCGACCAGCGGGGUCGUCACGAGGUGCUCAAGACUCUCUCGACCAGUGUGUCGUUGGACGAGUCCGUUGACUUGGCAGCUCUGUCGGAGCGGACGGAGGGCUACUCGCCCGCGGACCUCAAGGCGCUGCUCGUGACUGCGCAGUUGGGCCGACUCGAGCGACAGCUGGUAAACAGCGAGAACAGGAACGUGGAGUCGGUGGUAGUGGGUGAGGAGGACAUUGCCAUCGCGCUGGAGGAAUCCAAACCCUCGCUCACAAGGGAACAGAGGCUGUUCUAUGAUACCAUAUACAAAAGAUUUCGAGGAGAAAAAUUAACAACAGAACAAAGACUAGUCGCGCGGCAGAUGGAGAGGGAGAGGGUUACUUUGGCUUGAAAAAUUGUUUCUUCAGUAUAAUCUACUUAUUGGGGCAUAUUACACGCAUCAAUAUUGUCACGAUUCCGUAAUAAUAUUG